UACAAUUUACAAGUUCUUACUAAAACAAGUGCAAUUUCUCCUCAAGGGUUCGAUAUGUGUAAUCCCACUAGAGACGAUGGCUCCAGCCAAAGUGGCAUGUUGCGUAAAGAAAAAAGAGCCUAUUUUCAGAGAAAAUGGACACCGGCCGAUGUGAUAAGAGCGUUAACCGUUUUGAUCGUGCACUUUUGGUGUCUCUUGGCGCCAUUUAACUACAAAUGGGAAGCAUUACGGUUUGGUUUUAUCCUCGUGGCGGCUACUAACCUCAGUGUUACAUUCUCGUACCAUAGGAACUUGGCUCACCGGAGCUUUAAGCUCCCCAAAUGGCUAGAAUAUCCAUUUGCUUAUGCUGCUGUUUUCGCUCUUCAGGGUGAUCCAUUGGAUUGGGUGAGCAUACAUAGGUUCCAUCACCAGUUCACAGAUUCAGACCGCGACCCACACAGCCCCAAAGAAGGAUUUUUGUUCAGCCAUAUCUUGUGGAUAUUCGACACCCUUUAUAUCAAAUAUAAGUGUGGUGGACGUAACAAUGUGAUGGACUUGAAGCGGCAAUGGUUCUAUAGGUUUCUACGAAAGACAAUUGGUUUCCACGUCUUAAUGUUUUGGGCCCUUCUCUAUCACUAUGGUGGUUUACCUUACCUUACAUGCGGCGGGGGCGUUGGAGGCGUGAUCGGAUACCAUGUAACAUUUCUCGUAAACUCGGCAUGCCAUAUUUGGGGUUCGAGGUCGUGGAAGACUAAAGACACCUCUCGUAACGUUUGGUGGCUAAGCAUAUUUACGAUGGGAGAGAGUUGGCACAAUAACCAUCACGCCUUUGAGUCAUCGGCGAGGCAAGGAUUGGAGUGGUGGCAAAUAGACAUCACUUGGUACCUCAUUCGACUACUUGAAGUUGUUGGAUUAGCCACCGAUGUGAAAUUGCCCUCAGAAUUCCAAAAACAGAAGCUGGCUAUCGCUCGUUGAUGAAAUCUUCGUAUAAGAAACUUAAUUAAAUAUUUAUUUGAGAAGUUAUCUAAGUUCUAUAAUAGAAACGCUUAUAUAUAGCAUUACAUAUAUUUGAGAUUGUGGUUAUUUGUAUUUUCUUCUGCUCCGAGGUUAUGGUUGUUUUCCAAAAUAAAUGAAUGUUUUUCAAGUCC